AUGACGUCCUGCGACUUUGGUGCGUUUGGGUAUGGCAUCCGGAAAAGUACCACAGACGAACCAUCGAAGCCGAUACAAGAUCUUAACUAUCAUGUGCGACAGGUGAAAAAUGCGCUGACACAUUUCAAGGACGUCAUACUGAAGAACAAGCUUGAGAUGUUACCGGGCAAUGGCACGGUUGUUCUGGAAUCUAUUGCUAACGUGCAUACGGCCCUCCAAUCCUAUACACUAAACGAGCAAAGCACGGCAUUUAUUAACGCCACCAACCACGUUCACGUGUCACUGGGCAAUCUGCUAAAAUUGUGUGACGAAGUGUUGCUGACCAAGGAGGGUGAUGAUUGUCCAUCACUUAGCAAGGAAAAUGUAAAGGAGGUAGUUGAAUUGGUGGAGAAUGCCGUGAAUAAUCUAGUUAAUUUGGCAAACGAAAAGCUAUCCGAUCGGAAAUCGACCGUAUCCGUAGGAAACGUUGCUGGAGAUGGUUCAAAGUCGAGUACACCUGGCACAAGCUCCAACACAUUACAAAGACCAACAGUGGACGUGGUCAGCCAACGAACUUCUCUGCCAGACAUUCCACUAACACCACGCGAGCGCGAUAUUCUUGAACAAACUUCCUUGAAGACGGUGCGUGCGUCACAUAGUACCGAAAGCAUCUUACGUGAUUCGAGUCCACCACCUCCUCCCAAACCACCAUUACCCGAUCGUUCGCAGGAACCACCACCUCCAUUGCCACCAAAACGAAAGAGUCAACAUGCUAAAAACCAUUCCUUCCAUGAUACAACAUCAUCCGACUGCAAUUCCACUGAUUCCACCAUUUUUCACGCGGAUGGAGGAAGCAGUGUGGGUAUUGGUAGUAGAGGAACCGGUGGCACAAGUGGAAAUAUUGGUCUUGACCGAAUGUCGCUACGUUCUCGUUCUCCUGAAGAUAACUGCAGUCUCUUGAGCGCCAGUGCCGGUUCGCUGGAUUCAGCUCUUAAUCACUCGCGCGAGGAAGAUGAAUUGAGGGCACUCACUAGUUGUUCUUCACAUGCUAGUGCUCCGGCCGCUAGUUUAGGUGGGUUAGUAAUGCUCGGAACGUCAUCCGGCACUCAUGCCUGGGAAGAACCUGCAGAUUUGGUUGGUUUACCGCAGAACAGUAACAGCAGUCUAAAUCGCAACUCGAAUGAGUCUGGGUUCGAGUCAAUGUAUUCGCUGCGAGUAAGUCGGGAUCAGCAACAACAGCAACAACAAAUGAUGCAUUAUCAGAGUACGGCUGCCUCCGUCACGACUCAUCAUCAUCAGAAAAGUGCCAGUUCGUCGUCCUCAUCAGCUUCUUACGUGCACAAAUCAGAAUCUAUUGUGGACGGUAUAACCACACUCGUGGUGACUUCUGACAAGAGUUCCUUGCAACGACAACAGCAACUACACCUACAACAGCAUCACCAAACACAAGUGCUUCAUCAUCAUCAUCAUCAUCAUCAGGAACAGCAACACUUUCACCAGAAAAUCGACACUAUUAUCACGCAGGCAAGUGAUGAAGGUACGGGCGAUUCGAAAGUUAUCGAACAGCUUGCCUGUUCGGCUUCACUGAAUUCGACUACUUCUGGUAGCAGUAGUAUAUCGAAACUGCUCGAGCAAGAUUCUAGUAUAGAUGAGAUUGGAAGUGAUGACGUAUUUCCACGACCGAGUGGUUCCUCAUCCGACAGGCCACCAGCACUUCCUGUCAAGACACGAUCACACAGUAUUAAACGAGAACGCCAUCCAUCACAGUACGAUAAUGUGGACGAGGUCGAUUUAGAGCGAAGUGCUCAAGAUUCAUUUGGCCACUUUCCGUUGCCUAACUCGCCAUCAUAUUUAUACAGUCGACAACAGAUGUUUCAUAAUCUACCGAGCAAGCAUAUUAGCUUGAUCGAACCUAGACACAUGACCCGUUUCCAAGAAGAACCACCACCGCUCCCAAUUAAGAAGAAGCAUAUGUUUCAAAGUGUUGCAUAUUCAGUAAUGGCCUACAUGGAAAUAUUUGGCAGUGCCACACAGAACCAGUCCGAAUUUAUGCGUCACUCUGUUCACACGUACAAUCUUGCACAGUCCGAACAGGUAUCUUCUAGUAUUAACACGAGUAAUCACAAUAUUUCUCCCAGUCAAACAAUAAGUCUUUCGCCAUCGUGUAUUGCUCCGGCUACGGUGUCACCACCUAAUUCACCAAACGUUAACAUGAAACCACCCGCUCUGCCACCAAAGCGUCAACGUAUAAACAGCAAAACGCCAAGCAUUGCAUCAACACCUCCUGCCAGUCCUAAAAUUUUUCAAGAUCAGCAUCAUUACAUACAUGGCGUUCAUUGUCAUCAGCAUCCACAGAAAAAUUCGAAUACAAUCAAUACAUCACCCUCACCAUCAACGACAUCCCUCGUAUCGGCGCAAUCUGGAGUUGGACUAACGCCAACGACUACCUGUACUCAAACGCUGGACGUGAAAACAUCGAAGGUAUCGCAAGCUACCCAAUCUCCUGAUUUAGAAGCAUCUUCAACAUCUAGCAAUUGUAAUGCUGGCUCGAAUAAUACUACUUCUAUUACUACCACUUCUGCAACUAUCUCUUCCGCUGGUGAUAUUGUGGUUGAUGCCAAAGAGCAAAUCAUUUGUAGUAGUAAUUCCUCUAACAGAACAUGCGAUGCCACCACAAAAGGUCCAACUACGGGAAGGGAAGAUAAUAUAUUAUCUCCUGCUUCUAAUACGAAUCUCGUUACUAGUCGCAGCAGUGGCUGCGUUGCCAAUCAUAGUCGCAGUCAUAACAAUAUUGGCAGUAGUAGUAAUAACGUUGAAUCUAGUAGUUAUUUUAACGAUAUCCAUAACAAGGGUAAAACUAGCAGUAGUAGCGGAGGUCUGUCGGUAUUACCAUCCAGCGAUAUGAUGUACGCAUCGUCCACUACACCACCUGUAGGCGACACCAUAGACGAUCGCAACAGCAAAUCCGGGGAUGAGGUUGAGGUCAUACUUAGACGGAACAAUAAGAACGGCAUAACUAUCUUGGAACAACAGCAUCCCCUGAACUUAAUGGAGGAGCUAGACGUGAGCAAUUAUCUAGUGUUUAAAAAAGAAAACGAAGAUGGACCAGAUGUUAAGGGUGGUCAACCGGAUGCAUUAAUUAUACAUGCCACCAGGGUGCAGAAAAAUUCAGACGACGAUUGCUUAGAGGAUGCUUACGGUGAAGCAUUCAUCACUACGUUCCGCACAUUUAUCUCGCCGCUGGAACUAAUCCAAAAGCUGUCCCAUCGCUAUACUGUCUACCACUGUCAGAUGAAUGAUGCCAAACAGAAAGCCGCCAAAGAAUCGUUUUCCCUACUAGUACGAGUGGUGAAUGAUCUUACCACGCCGGAUUUAAGCGAACGCUUGCUGGUGAUUUUGAUGAACUUUGAUUAUCAGUUGGUGAGUGCUGGGCAUCUCACGAUGGCCAAGUUGCUGCGUGUGAAGUUGAUCGAGAAAGCGUUGAUCUAUAAGCAAAAGGCGUCAUUGACCGUCCAAACGCUAUCGUCUAGAGCACUUGUUGCCCAGCCACCGACUCUUCUCGAUCUUAAGUCGGCUGAAAUAGCGGAACAAAUGACGCUUCUCGAUGCUGAGCUUUUCCAAAAAAUCGAAAUACCGAAAGUAUUAAUAUGGGCACAGGAGCAGUGCGAGGAACGGUCCCCAAAUUUGACGCGUUUCACUGAACACUUUAAUAAGAUGUCUUAUUGGGCUCGUACUCAAAUACUUUCGCAAAACGAUGCCAAAGAUAGGGAGAAACACGUGAUCAAAUUUAUAAAAAUAAUGAAACAUUUACGAAAAAUCAAUAACUACAAUUCGUAUCUAGCACUGCUGUCGGCACUGGAUUCUGCUCCAAUACGCAGGUUGGAAUGGCACAAAACGAUAACUGAAGGCUUACUGAAGGAGUACUGUGCAUUGAUCGAUUCCAGUUCCAGCUUUCGGGCCUAUCGCCAAGCACUGGCCGAAACGAUAUCCCCCUGUAUUCCAUACAUUGGACUCGUGCUACAAGAUCUUACAUUUGUUCACAUUGGCAACCCGGAUCAUUUACCGGACGGUUCGAUAAACUUUUCGAAACGUUGGCAACAGUAUCAUAUCGUGGUGAACAUGAAGCGUUUUAAGAAAGGGACUUAUCCAUUUAAAAAAAAUGAACGCAUCAUUGGUUUCUUUGAUAACUUCGAGUACUAUUUGGACGAGGAUGCUAUGUGGCAAAUUUCAGAAACGAUCAAACCUCGAGGAUCGCGCAAGAAUAACGUCAAUUAGUACAGGUUGAAUUGUUUGCGAGGGAGUAGGGAAGAGCAGCAGGAACGUAAAGCUACAAAACCGUGGGAAGAUGAUGGAAGAUGCAACCAGCAAUCGAUUCAUCGAUAUCGCUAGAAUGAUUGAACGCCAUAUUGUUUUUCGCUAUGUAGAAAAAAGAUGACAAAAACGACUGAUCUGAUUAGGUUGGAAAGAUUUCAUUCUAUAGAUAUAACAACCUGUCGGGUAUAUCAGCAAAAGCAGCGUCAAAUCCCUAGCAAACCGAAAUCCAACCUGGAACGCUUUAAACGAGAUCGGUUAGAAAAUAACGCAUUUAUCUUAGCUAUCCAUAUCGUUAUGAAGCAAAGCAAAUUUUAUUAUAUCCUGAAAAAAAUUAAAAAAUAAACGUCGAGAAUAAGCUUAGUAGCGGUCAUAAUAGCAGUUUGUUCAUUUGUUAUUCGUUCUUACUGUUGCUUCCUGCAUUUUCCUUCAUUCCUGUGUUUUGAAAGUAAGCACUCUUUUUCGACCGUAUAAAAGAAGGUUUACAUGU